CCAUUGUGUUUUGUGCAUGCAGCGGUACAAAAAAAACACCAUUACGCUAACUUACAAAAACUGCAACUCCUAUAUAUACUUCCAACCAAAUACUUUGACAAGGAAGUUGAGUUUAAAAUGUUAAACAAAUCUAGGCAUUUUGAGUAUUCGAUAACACAGUAAAAUGAACACUUCAAUGGCUGACAUAGCAUUGAGUAGGCUACCCGCGUGUAAUGGUUCCUCAGCAGAUUGCGUGUGAAUGAAUGAUGUCGGUUCAACGGGCCUGGCAGUUGCUGCUGGUUGGAUUAGCUGCCUGUGUAACCCUUUUACUACCGAACUUUGCCGAGGGUAACAUCACACUAUUCGGAUGCACCACCGACACUGGGACCAAUGUACCCUCACAAUGUGCUACAGUGUAUUGCAAUGGCACCCAAUUAAAUCGAAACUGUUCGAUACCAGAUCAAAUACCUAUCUAUAAUAAUGUGCGAUGUCCUCAUACAACAGAGUCGACAACUGAACAAUCCACAACCAUGUCGACAACUGAAGAACAAUCUACAACCCAAACGACAAACGAACAAUCUACAACCACGCCGACAACUGAAGAAGAAUCUCCAACACAAACGACAACUGAACAAUCUACAACCCAGUCGACAACUGGAGAAUCUACAACCCAAUCGACAACUGCACAACCUAUAAACCAGUCGACAACUGGCCUACUUUUACCCCAGCUGACAACAGGUGCAAGAUCUACAUCCCAGUCGACAACUGCACAAUCUACAACCCAGUCGACAACUGCACAACCUAUAACCCAGUCGACAACUGCACAACCUAUAACCCAGCCGACAACUGGACUUUUACCCCAGUCGACAACUGCACAAUCUACAACCCAGCCGACAACUGCACAACCUAUAACCCAGUCGACAACUGCACAACCUAUAACCCAGCCGACAACUGGACUUUUACCCCAGUCGACAACUGCACAAUCUACAUCCCAGCCGACAACUGCACAACAUAUAACCCAGUCGACAACUGCACAACCUAUAACCCAGCCGACAACUGGACUUUUACCCCAGUCGACAACUGCACAAUCUACAACCCAGCCGACAACUGCACAACCUACAACCCAGUCGACAGCUGCACAACCAGGACUCCCGACAAUUAACACAGGGACAGCAGCGCCCCCGGAUGUAGUGGUACCUGUAGUCAUUGUUGCAAUAUUAGCUGCUUCCGUAGUGACUGCAGCUAUAGCCGGUUAUGUUAUUCUGAAAGAGGCCUCCUCAAAAACGUCAAAACUAUCGCUCUCUACACAGCAUCGGAAUUUUUCAAAUCAUCCGUCAUUACACCGUCUUCAACCACCAACCGAUGACAUUCAUGACCGACACGUGUGGAUGACGCACUACGGGCCGUAACCAACACUGCAGUGAUUGACAAUCUUCAGAACGAGACCAUUGGCGUAUACAAACGACGAUAAGUCGCGUGGUCAUAUUAUUAUGUGGUGGCGCUACGGAGCAAUUAGCCUGUGUGAACAUUUUCAUCAAAUGAAAAACACCAAAACGCUGUGUUUCGACAUGUGAUUUUGUGUGACACGUGACCUUUAAUUUAUCUUGACAACCCAUAUGUAAGAAUCCAUUAUCUCCUACAGGAGUCACAAGUUAUCUAUGUCAUUGUUUUCCCCAAGACGCAAAGCAAAGUUUAACGUCUUGAUAUCCCAGACUGGACCAUUCCAUAUCUAAGAGGGUUAGGUCAGGUCCAGGGUUGUGGUGUUAAAUUGACAAACAAUACCAUUUACCCAGCGAACAAAAUCUGCCACUUGGCUUCGCGUGAACGUCUACACAUAUUGUGGCCCACACAUCCAACCCUCGAAUAAAGCAUGAUUCCAACCAUUUGUUGAUUAUCUCAAUAUUUGUUAUUGUUUGUAUAAAAUUGUCAAUUGUGUUGUAAAUAACAACAAACAUACAAUUUUUCACAGAUGAUGAUGUCAGGUGAAUUGGGUCAAUUACAUCUAGGCUCCUUACUGUUUUUAUUUUGCUUCUAAUUACAGUGAUUUUACACUUAACAUGUAAACUUAUUGUUUUUGUCCUGAGGCUUUUUUGUAUCCAUAUAUAUAUAUUUUCUAUUCAUAAUAUUCUAUUUGUUCAUACAAUAAACAUAAGUGUAUUUUA